CUCCGUUGUAAAAUGCUAUGACAACAGGGCGAAGGCGGCUUGGAUUCAGGCUGGAGUGGGGAGGUGUCUUCCGCAGGCUGUUGUCUUGCAGCCUCACCCCUCUUACAGUCUCCCUGGUGGUUUCAUCCUCUCUGUGAGCAUCCGGACUUGGAGUUUUUCUCUCUUGUUUCUUGUGGUUUCCGAGGGAUCCAUGUCGUUUCCCCUGCUUGUCUCUGGGGGAUGACAAGAGGGUGCAGGGGAUCUUGGGACUCACUUCACCUCCGCGGAGCUUGUGUUGCUGCUUGGCAGGAUUCUGUCUGCUUAGGAACGUGGAAAACUUCGAACACAAGACCAAGAGGUACUAGUGGAGUUAAGUGUUGCUUUUCCUUGCAUGGCUGUUACUUCUGUUGCAGCACUGGAUCGUCGUCCGGAGGGAAGUCUGUGGAUAGUGGGUUCGUAGCAAGGUGAGGCAAAAGCCCACUUGUUGGCAUCAGGUUGAAAGGAAAUGUCCUUAUUUAAAGCCCGUGACUGGUGGUCUACUGUGCUGGGAGAAAAAGAAGAAUUUGACCAGGGCUGCUUGUGCUUGGCUGAUGUCGACAACAGUGGGAACGGCCAUGAUAAAAUCAUUGUGGGCAGCUUCACGGGCUACCUGAGAAUCUUUAACCCCCAUUCUGUAAAAAGCGGAGGUGGGCCUCAGGCUGAAGAUUUACUUCUAGAAGUGCAUCUGCGGGACCCAGUGCUGCAAGUGGAAGUCGGGAAGUUUGUCUCAGGCACGGAGAUGCUUCACCUGGCCGUGCUGCAUUCCCGGAAACUCUGUGUCUACUCCGUCUCAGGGACAUUGGGUAAUGUGGAACAUGGAAACCAGUAUCAGAUAAAAUUAAUGUAUGAGCACCAUCUUCAGAGGACAGCAUGCAAUAUGACUUAUGGACCCUUUGGUGGUAUAAAAGGUCGGGAUUUAAUUUGUAUCCAGUCUAUGGAUGGGAUGCUGAUGGUGUUUGAGCAGGAAAGCUAUGCGUUUGGGCGGUUUCUACCCGGUUCUCUUCUGCCUGGCCCUCUUGCUUACAGUCCCCGCACGGAUUCCUUCAUAACUGUCUCUUCUUGCAGACAAGUGGAAAGUUACAAGUACCAGGUACUUGCCUUUGCCACGGAUGCAGACAAGAAGCAGGAGAUGGAACAGCAAAAACUUGGUUCUGGAAAACGGCUAGUUGUGGACUGGACUCUGAAUAUUGGCGAGCAAGCCCUUGAUAUCUGUAUCGUCCCUUUAAACCAGUCUGCAUCUUCUGUUUUUGUUCUUGGUGAGAGAAACUUCUUUUGCCUAAAGGAUAAUGGGCAGAUUCGAUUCAUGAAGAAGCUCGAUUGUAGCCCCAGUUGUUUUCUACCAUACUGCUCAGUUUCUGAAGGUACAAUAAAUACUCUGAUUGGAAACCAUAACCACAUGCUGCAUAUUUACCAGGACGUGACACUGAAGUGGGCCACACAGCUCCCCCAUGUCCCUGUGGCUGUCAGAGUGGGCUGUUUGCAUGAUUUGAAGGGAGUGAUAGUGACUCUCAGUGAUGACGGUCACCUACAGUGCUCGUAUCUGGGGACAGACCCUUCUCUGUUCCAGGCUCCAAAAGUUGAAUCAAGAGAGCUCAACUAUGAUGAACUUGAUGUGGAAUUGAAAGAACUUCAGAAAAUCAUCAAAGAUGUAAAGUUGCAAGGUGUUUGGUCCUUGACUGAACAGGAAGAUGACUUAAAGGUCUCUGCUGCAGUGUCUUCUACCCUGGAUUCUGUGUCUCAAGCCACCAAUGUGGAAACUGGAGCCGACUCUGUUCCGUCCAUCACAGUGAAGGUUACCCUGCAGAACCGAGUGGUGUUGCAGAAGGUCAAGCUGUCCGUCUAUGUGCAGCCUCCAUUACAGCUGACUUGUGAUCAGUUCACCUUUGACUUCACGGUUCCAGAUAUGACGAGCAUAGUUUCGUUUUCUGUGUACCUGAAGGGAGACUACACACCAUCCGAGUUAGAAGGAAACGCUGUCGUUUCUUACUCCAGACCGACAGGUAUUCCUCGGGUUAUCCAAUGUAAAUUUAGACUUCCUCUGAAACUAAUUUGCCUACCUGGUCAGCCUUCGAAAACUGCAAGCCACAAACUAACUAUUGACACCAACAAGUCUCCUGUCAGCCUGCUCGGUCUCUUCCCAGACUUUGCCAACCCAUCAGAUGAUGAUCAAGUGAAUGUAAUGGGCUUCCAUCUCCUAGGAGGCUCUCGAGUGACUCUUCUUGCUUCCAGAACAUCCCAACGAUACCGCAUUCAGAGCGAACAGUUUGAAGAUCUCUGGCUCAUAACCAAUGAACUCAUCCUCCGCCUUCAGGAACAUUUUGAAAAACAGGGAACCAAAGACUUUACAUGUUCUUUUUCUGGAUGUGUGCCCCUUCAAGAAUAUUUUGAGUUGAUUGAUCAUCAUUUUGAGCUGCGGAUAAAUGGUGAAAAAUUAGAAGAACUUUUAUCUGAAAGAGCUGUACAAUUCCGGGCCAUCCAACGUCGGCUUCUGACAAGAUUCAGGGACAAGACGCCGGCUCCGCUGCAGCACCUGGACACCCUGCUGGACGGGACGUACAAGCAGGUGAUUGCUCUAGCAGAUGCGGUCGAGGAGAACCAGGACAGGCUGUUGCAGUCAUUCGCGGGCCUGAAGAGUGCCACCCAUUUGCUGAUCUUGCUAAUCAGGUUGUGGCAGAGGCUGAGUGCUGACCAGACUGCUAUUCUGGAAGCAGCAUUUCUGCCGCUACAGGAAGACACGCAGGAACUGGGCUGGGAAGAAACUGUGGAUGCCGCCAUUGCCCACCUUUUGAAAACCUGCCUGUCGAAGAGUUCCAAGGAGCAGGCUUUGAACCUCAGCAGCCAACUGAGCAUACCCAAAGAUACCAGCCGACUGAAGAAGCACAUCACCCUGCUGUGUGAUAGGUUAGCCAAAGGUGGGCGUCUCUGUGUGAGCACAGAUGCUGCGGCCCCGCAGGCCAUGGUUAUGCCAGGUGGCUGUACUCCGAUCCCAGAGUCAGACCUUGAGGAAAGGUCACUAGAUGACUCCACCGAGCUGUUUACCAACCACAAGCACCUCAUGACCGAACCCCCCAUGCCUGAAGUCUCAGCCCUCCAAGGAGUUUUGGAAUAGUCUGGAGUAAUGCUAACAAGUUGAAGGAAGAUGCCAUUACAGAGGCUGACCCUGUGUGGACACUGUGCUCCCAUCCCGGUGCUGUGCCAAGCUCAUCCCUGGAGGUGACUGCGUGAAGAUGGGGUCAGGGCUGUUGGUUGCUAGGAGGCUGUGGGAUGUCACAGACAGGUCAGCUGAAAGACAAGAUUUGUCUUUUCUUCCCAGGAAAAUUUUUGCUGCCUUUAGUCACGUGCGCUUAUAGUCAGGAUUUAGCAAGGUGACAAAGUGUGGGGACAGACUUUAUAAUACAGGGAUCCAGAUGUAAAAUAAUUUCACAGCCCAUUUUUUCACAGGAUUCUUAUGUAGUAACUGUAUCAAGUUUAAUAAAGCAUCAUAUUGUCAAACAAUAACUGGACUGAAU